AUCCCUUUGCUGCAUUCCAGAAGGAGUGCAAACCUAUGUUAGCGUGAACGGGACUUGCAGCUGGGGAAGACAGAGAAAGGCAGACUAACUAGUUGAUUCGUUCCCUGUUUUCAAUCCUGCGCUCGACCAUGGCCUGCAAAACAGAUCCGGUGCCCGGAGCCAAUUGUUCUCUUUACACCAGCUUGUGGGAUUUUCAAGCCCGAACCAAAACGGAGUUGACUUUCCAAGCAGGGGACUUGUUUGAGGUGAUUCAGAAGACCGGGGAAUGGUGCUGGGCCAAGCAGGUGGAUGCUCAGGGAGGAAGAAGCGAGGAAGGCUACGUUCCCUACAGCUAUCUCGCCAAGAAAGAGACGGUAGAGACGGAGCCGUGGUUCUUUGGGCAAAUCUCUCGCUCAGAAGCGGUGCUUCGGCUGAUGUCGGAAAAAAACAAAUCCGGUGCUUUCCUGGUUCGGAUCAGUGAGAAAAUUGGAGCGGAUUUCGUACUUUCAGUCCGCGAUGGCAACCUGACCAGACACUACAAGAUCUUGAGAGACGGCGAGGGGAGGUUCUACAUGAACGGAACCAGGACGUUCCCUGACCUGCUCACCCUGGUGACGUGUUACAAGGAAAAGGUUCUUACUCACGGCUUGAAACUUCUGGCUCCCUGCUACAAGGAAGAUAUUUACCUCUCUUACACACAGAGCUUUCCUUACAAGUGGACCGCACCGGAAGCCCUUUCCUGCGGAUGCUACUCCAUCAAAUCGGACGUGUGGUCCUUCGGGAUCCUCCUGUACGAAAUCAUGACCCGCGGGCAGAACCCGUAUCCAGGCAUGAGUAACUUGGAGGUCUCCACCAAGGUUCAAAAUGGCUUCCAGAUGCACUGCCCGCCCAGGUGCCCCCCUGUCAUGUACUCCCUAAUGUGCCAAUGCUGGAACCUGGAUCCCAACCAAAGGCCCGACUUCCAGAACAUCAGAGAACUCCUCCAGAAGUUCACCAGCUACGAGAACUUUGAAGCUUUCUCUUAAACUGCCCUUCAGUAACUGGGCAGAAGUGGUACCCCCAACACACCAUCACCUGACUACAAGGGGUAGAGGAAAAGAUCAAGGUGAUUGACAUAUUAUCAUACCAUCAGCCCUGUUGGGAAGGAAAGGAUGUAGGUUUAAUCCAAAAGGCUUUGAACCUAGAACGAAAGAGGCGUUUCCUAAAGGUGAGGGUAGGCAACCAAUGGAAGAGCUUGACUG